ACUUAAAUGAAUAAUAUUUUCUUCAAGCCAUCUAGGACAAGCAAAUUACUUAUAAAUAGCACAUUGAGGAGCUUAGAGAUAUAUAGAAGAGAGAAUUAAUUGGUAGUGCUUUGUUAUAAAAUGAUGAGAGAAUUGAAGUGGAGUGUUUUUAUUUUCCUAUUUAUAAUGUAUGGAGUGAAUUCAAGUCCUCCAUCAGAUCCAAUACAGUGUUCUUCAAAGAAUACAAACUGCACGAUCACAAAUGCGAAUGGAAUGUUCCCCGAUCGAAGCAUUUGCAAAGUUGGUGAGGUGAAGUAUCCAACCUCAGAGGCAGAGCUCAUAUCGAUUGUUGCGUUAGCUUCAAAAAAUAACAAAAAAAUGAAAGUAGCAACGCGAUUCUCACACAGCAUUCCGAAAUUGGCAUGCCCUGAUGGACAAAACGGACUUUUGAUAAGUACAAAAAAUCUGAACAAAGUGUUGAAAAUAGAUGCGGAAGCGAUGACAAUGACGGUGGAGAGUGGGGUGACAUUGAGACAAAUUAUUAGUGAGGCAGCAAGGUUUGAAAUGGCAUUGCCAUAUACACCUUAUUGGUGGGGUUUAACAAUUGGUGGGCUAAUGGGUACUGGUGCUCAUGGAAGUACAUUGUGGGGUAAAGGAAGUGCUGUUCAUGAGUAUGUAAUAGAUAUUAGAAUUGUUAGCCCUGCAGGACCUCAAGAGGGAUAUGCUAAGGUUAGAAAUCUUAAUGAAUCUCACCAACAUCUAAAUGCUGCCAGAGUUUCUUUAGGGGUUCUUGGAGUUAUUUCUCAGGUUACCCUGAAAUUGGAACCACUCUUCAAACGAUCUGUUACAUAUAUAACAAAAGAUGAUUCUGAUUUAGGAGAUGAAUUGAUUAGUUUUGGCAGAAAGCAUGAAUUUGGUGAUGUAUCUUGGUAUCCAAGUCAACAAAAGGCCAUUUAUAGAGUCGAUGAUCGUGCCUCCGCAAAUACAUUGGGCAAUGGCUUAUAUGAUUUCACUCCAUUUCGCUCCACACUUUCAGCUGCAUUAACCGUUAUUAGAGCUACUGAGGAGCUCCAAGAAGAAAAACGCGAUGCUAAUGGAAAAUGCAUUGGUGCAAAGUUGAUAGUGGCAACACUUGAGGGAACUGGUUAUGGAUUGUCUAACAAUGGAGUAUUUCUUGGAUACCCUGUUGUUGGAUUAAACAACCGCAUGCAAUCUUCAGGGACAUGUUUGGAUAGUUUAAAUGAUCAAAUGAUCACAGCAUGUCCAUGGGAUUCUAGAAUCAAGGGAGAAUUCUAUCACCAAACAACAUUUAGUGUUUCCUUGUCUGUUGUAAAAAAUUUCAUCGAAGAUAUUCAAAAGCUUGUUGAGUUGGAGCCAAAAGCACUAUGUGGCUUAGAACUAUACAAUGGAAUCCUUAUGCGCUAUGUUACAGCUUCUAGUGCAUACUUAGGAAAAACAGAAGAUGCUGUGGAUUUUGACAUCACAUAUUUCCGCAGUAAAGAUCCAUUGGCUCCUAGGCUUUUUGAAGACAUAAUUGAAGAGAUAGAACAAAUUGGGUUGUUCAAAUAUGGAGGGUUACCACAUUGGGGGAAAAAUAGAAACUUAGGAUUUGUGGGAGCAAUCAAGAAGUAUAAUAAGGCAGAUGAGUUUUUGAAGGUUAAAGAGGAGUAUGAUCCAAAAGGGCUAUUCUCUAGUGAAUGGACAGAUCAAGUGCUUGGACUUAAAGAAGGGGUGACAAUAUUGAAAGAUGGAUGUGCAUUGGAAGGAUUAUGUAUAUGCUCACAAGAUAGUCAUUGUGCACCAAAUAAGAGUUACUUUUGUAGACCAGGAAGAGUUUAUAAGGACGCAAGGGUUUGUAGGCAUGAUGUUCAAAUCAAAGAAGAAAGUGUUUUGAAGGAUGAGUUGUGAUGGAAUGGCCUUUUUGUUCCAUAAGUUCUCAACUAUCAUACUUGUUUUAAGAGAUAAUAUGCUUCCAUUUCUUUCAAAAUAAUUCUCAAAAGAGGAAAUCUAGUUUCCUUUAUGAGAUUGAGUUAUUUUCAAUAUCAUGUAUUGUCAUGUUAUGAUUAUUUAAUUGUGAUAUGAAACUAAAAUUUGAGUUUAAUAAAUAAAUUAACAUUGGUAUAA